UCUACAGAGAGAUGACCAGUUUAUUAGACAUUAGUGUCUCAGUUGGAGAAGAGGAACAAUGAUGAUCACUGUCGUUAUCUCUUUCUGUCUUUUUGUAACCGUAAAAACGUCUAACGAUGGUCUUCAAGUGCAAACAGAGAAGAUUGGAGAAAAUGUAGUGAUAAAAUGUGAGGAGAGCUUUAUCACAAACAACCAUCAGUAUAGUUUUGCUUGGUUUAAGCAGAGUUAUGGAAAGAUGCCUCAGUUUGUUGUGAGAUUAUUUAACAAUAAUUCAAACGUCAGAUACAAUCGACAAUUUAAACAGCGCUUUAAUGCGACUCUGAAAGGAGAUCAGUUUGUUCUCAACAUUCAGGAAACUGUAGAAGAAGAUUCUGGAACAUAUUUAUGUGGGAGAGUGAAGAUUGAUGUUACAGAGUUUGGAUCUGGAACGCUUCUGAUCUUUAACGAAGAAAAGUCUCAGAAGGGAAAUCUGACUGAACUAAAGGUGAAAAGUGGAAAAUCUGCAGGUUCACUCCAGUGUUCAGUACUAAUGGCUACUUUAAGCUGUUCAGGAGAUCACAGUGUGUACUGGUUCAGACCCGACUCACGAGAAUCUCGUCCAGGAAUCAUCUUCACUCAUGGAAACAGGAGUGAUCAGUGUAAGAAAAGCUCUGAGACUGUUUCUCCUACACAGAGCUGUAUCUACAAACUCCCCAAGAACAACCUCAGCCUCUCUGAUGCUGGAACUUACUACUGUGCUGUAGCUGCAUGUGGAGAGACGGUAGAUGUUGUUGGAACUGAACAACAUGUGGAAGACAGAAGUAAUUGGAUUGUUGCUGCCUUUACAAUAUUCAGUGUGAUCUCUGUUAUUCUGAAUGUGGUUCUGGCUGUUCUGCUUCUUAAGAAGCAACAGAAAGGUUGUCAAAAAGAUCCUUCAAGUCGCAAAAAUCAGGAUGAAGACACAGAUGCCUUGAACUACGCAGCGAUACAAUUCAGAAACAAGCCGCCUCCCUCCAGAACACCCAGAUCUCCUCCCUCCAGAACACCCAGAGUCCAGGAAAGUCAAGAUAUUUAUUCUCAAAUCAAAGUGCGAUAGAGAAUAUGAAACUAUCUAUAUGUACAUAUUAGGGAUGUCAGUCGUUAAAAAAAUGGAAUAAUCACAACACAAUUGUAUGAUUAAUCACAAUUUUUCUUCUUCUUAGGACUGAACAUUUACUAAUGGGUAAAUAAAUGAAAAAAAGGUAAAUAAAUGAAUUAAUGUUAGAUUAAGUCAGAUUUAUAUUAGUGGUGUCAAUCACUUAAAAAAAUGUAUUAUGUAAUAUAUUAGCUCAAAUAAAAGUAAUCU